CAACCCCACAAAUCAAAUCAAGAAAGCUAAGCACAUACCAAGACAGGAAGAAAUCAACGCCGAAAAUUCCCCAACUGAAGCUUCCUCGAAACUUCCCUCUUUCCUUAAAGCCUCUCCCCUCGCCCUCUCUAAGCCCCAAAAAGAUCAUGAGGAACAUCAUCAACAUUCCCUCCCUCUUCUCGAAGAAAUCGAAGAAGAGGAAGAAUCAGCCCUCUUCAAUCUCCAACGGAUCCCGAACGUCUUCAUCCUCCUCCUCUUCGAGCUCGAUCCUGACCCUCUUCGACCGCGACGGCAAGAUCAGCAACCGCGAGCUCGAGGCGGUGCUCCGCCAGCUCGGACCCGACCCGCUAACUGAAUGGGAGCUUGCUUUCAUGGUCGACGAGAUCGAUCGGGACGGAGACGGGUGCGUGAGCUUGGAGGAGCUCGGGGCGAUCGGAUCCGAUCAAGUCGAGGAGAUUAGGGAGGCGUUUAGGGUUUUUGAUGCGGAUGGGGACGGGAAGAUUUCGGCGGAGGAGCUGAGGGGUAUUUUCGUAAUAUUGGGGGAGGAGGAGUGUGGGGUCGAGGAGUGUAGGAGGAUGAUCAAGGGGGUGGAUUUGGAUGGGGAUGGUUUCGUCUGUUUUGAGGAUUUUGUGAGGAUGAUGGAUAGAUCGAGACUAUAAGGGGGGGUUUGCUGUAAUAAUGACCGAUUUAAGUAAAAUUGGGGGGGAAUUUGUCAUAAAAUUACAAUUUGUUAAGACUUAGAUUUUCUCUUUUAUGUUUGUGGUUAAUGUGAGGUAUGUUUUUCAUGUUUACUUGAAAUUAUUUAGGAAUUUAACGAAUAAACCAUCAAGUACUUAAGUUAA